UCCCAUAGAUGGUAAAAAUGCCCUGAUCAUGACAAGCUGGUUUCUGCGUUUGCUCAAUACACCUCCUCUGUUCCUAUUUUGACCCCAAAUUUCUAUCUUUUUCUAGUUCUGGUUACUCCUUUCUGUGUGCCUUUGGUGUUUUCUGAUAAACCAACCUCACACACACUGACCAUUUUCAGGUAAGUUAGAAAGUAGUCCGGGAAGGGAACUGAGAUUCUCAUCAUCAUUUUCUUUUGCCUUUUCUUUUCCGUAGCACUGUAGCACUGUAGCACUGUAGCAGUACCUGAUAGGAGAGCAGCUAAGCUAUCCCAUAAAAGCCAGGGCCAGGGGAAAGUGCUCUCACAAUCACAAGCUUCUCCUCUCUCCUGGUUGGUUUUUGAUGCUAGGAGCAUUUCAAUACCCUCAGAAAUCUUUGAAAACCCCUUGUUUCCUUUGAAGAGCAACUCCCAAUGGCAGAUUGGAGGGGUAUGAUGAGCAAAAGCAGUGGCUUUGGUGGGGGGUCAAUGAGAAACAAUGAAGAUUUUGAAGAAGAAGAUGUGUGGGGUGUUGGGAAUAAUGAGAGGGAAAAUUCAAGUCCCAAGAUGAUGAGGAAGUGUAACAAGGACAGCUCCUCUGCUUCUUCCUCUGCAUGGCGCCUCCCUACUGCUCCAAGAAUUAUCCCAAGGGCUGUUGCUGCUAAUACUCCAACCUCCCAUGAACCCAAGGUGGUCCAAAAAUCAGCUCCUCAGAACAUCCCUGAUUGGUCAAAAAUUUAUGGCAAGAGUGCCAAGAUUGGUUCUUGGGUUCAUGAUGAUGAUGAUGGGUAUGGUGUCAAUGGUGGUCAUGUUGCUUACGAGGAUGGGGGGCAUCAUCAUGAUCAUGGUGUCAGUGAUGAUGAUGAUGAUGUUAAUAAUGAUGGUGAUGGUGAUGAUGAUGAUGGUAUGGUCCCUCCACAUGAAUGGGUAGCUAGAAAGCUAGCAAGAAGCCAGAUUUCAUCUUUCUCUGUGUGUGAAGGGAUUGGAAGAACACUCAAAGGAAGAGACCUCAGCAAAUGCUGGAACGAAAUGUCUAUGAAGAGCAAAAGAUGGGGAGGAGAGGUAACAAUGAGGAAUGUGAUGUCAAGGAACUGGGCUUUUCUGCUAUGCUUCUGCAGCUUCUGUGCUGGAGUGUUAUUUACUAACAGGUUGUGGAUGGUGCAUGAAUCAAGGCCAUCUAGAAUUGGAGCUGAAAGGAUAUAUUCAGAACCUGAUGGUUGUAAUCAGAAGCUUGUUAUAAAGCACACGUCCAAUGAUAGUCCAGGGGAAGCUACUAAUCAUGUCAUUCAGGAGCUAAAUAAAACAAUUUCAAAUUUGGAGAUGAAAUUAGCCGCUUCCAGGGGAACGCAUGAAUCUGUACAUAAUGGCUCUCCUAUAUCAGGAAAUUUGAAGACUGUUCAAUCAAAUUCUAAAAAAAAGUACUUCAUGGUUAUAGGGAUCAAUACAGCUUUUAAUAGCCGAAAAAGAAGAGAUUCCGUACGUGCAACUUGGAUGCCACAAGGCGAGGAAAGAAAGAAGCUGGAAGAAGAGAAGGGCAUAGUCAUACGGUUUGUUAUAGGUCACAGUUCGACGGCUGGUGGUAUUCUUGAUAAAGCUAUUGAAGCAGAGGAGCAAGUCAAUGAAGACUUGUUGAGGCUGAACCAUGUUGAGGGCUACCUGGAAUUAUCAGCCAAGACAAAGACCUAUUUUUCAACAGCUGUUGCUUUGUGGGAUGCUGAAUUUUAUGUCAAAGUUGAUGAUGAUGUCCAUGUAAAUUUAGCAACACUUGGAAUGAUUCUAUCUAAACAUCAUUUGAAACCCCGAGUCUAUAUUGGUUGCAUGAAGUCAGGUCCAGUCCUUGCUCGAAAGGGAGUGAAAUAUCAUGAACCAGAGUAUUGGAAAUUUGGUGAGGUGGGAAACAAGUAUUUUCGACAUGCUACAGGACAGUUAUAUGCUAUCUCAAAAGAUUUGGCAACUUACAUAUCAAUAAACCAGGAUGUGCUGCACAAAUAUGCCAAUGAAGAUGUUUCAUUGGGAUCUUGGUUUAUUGGUUUAGACGUAGAACAGGUGGAUGAUAGAAGACUCUGUUGUGGUACCCCACCAGAUUGUGUGUGGAAGGCUAUGACAGGCAACAUCUGCGCUGCUUCAUUUGAUUGGCGAUGCAGCGGGAUUUGCAGGUCUGUUGAGAGGAUAAUGGAUGUUCACGAACGUUGCGGUGAGGACAAGAACGCUAUUUGGAAUGCGAGGUUUUCUCAAUGAAUGGCUGAUAUUCUUCCAAUCUCAUGAAGGAUGUGCGGAUAAUCUGGAAAAAACAUGCAGAUGUUUUUUAUUUUUCCAUUCCCGCCCAGGCUAUGUCUACGUUGAUAUAGAGAAUGUACGUAAUACCAAAAAUAUAGAAUGAUUACACAGUUAAGGAAAAGGGAUUGCCGUUGGGGGCCAUUCUCCGUGGAAAUCAAUCCCCAUGGCAGCUGGAAAGAUGAAGAUAGAUUUUCUAACAACCCCAUUCUUUUGAUGGUGGGGAGCUAUAUUGUAAGUUCUCUGCCAUGGACUAGGCUUCAUAUUCAUAAUAUGUUUCCAGAUAUGUUUGUCGUAUGCCUUCACUCUCCUUUCCUAGUUACAAAUGAUUAUUAUUGUCUUUAUUCUGUACAUCUAAUAAUACAA